AUGACUACUUUUAACGACUACGACCAGAACACACACCAAAUCGAAUUCGACGCCCCUCUGUCUGCGGAAGUCGCCCCCGGAGGCAUCACGGAGAAAAAACACUUUUCUAUCGACCUAAGUCUCGAAUUGGAGCGACAGCUAGAACACAUGGAAUCCCCGCCAAUCACCCCAGCUCACGAUGUCACCGCUAGCGAGACACGACAGAAACAUGAAGCACUUGACCCAGAGAUACUCGCCCAUAUCGUUAUGCAGCUCCGACAUUCGCUUUUGGAGGUGACGAAGGAGAGGGACGAGCUGGUCAAGAUGCUUGCAACGGCGAAUGCGGAAGAGGCAUCGGCGAAGGAUGCAUUGCAGCUCAUGACGGAUAAGGCCACACAGAUGGAUGAAGAGCUAAAGGAGACGAGAAAGCAAGUGAAGGAACAUGAGGAGGCGAUUGUAUGUCUGCGUGCUAAAGUAGAGGAGAGCAGGCGCGGGGUCAUGAGAUUGCAGACAGAAAACCGUCGCCAGAGUAUGGCGCCGCUUGAUCUUUCGCGUACUGUUUCACUGUCGGCGUUUGCUGGCCCGCCCUCUUCGAAACGCGCUUCCUUUACGCCCUUGACCGGAACAUCUGCUGGUCGACCGGGACACAGGCGAAUUUCAUCCAUUUCUGAUACUACGCAAGGUGGCUUCCUUUCGCCAAAUCUGGACCAACCACCUAGCCCGAAUCCGCAGACACCCGCCUUUCCACCAGACACCGCACUGCCACCCAACUCACGCCGUUAUUCCGGACUUUUUGGAAGGCAGUCACCGCCUCAGGUCGACAUGCCAGACCCUACCACUGCGGAACUUGAAACGCUUCGCAAGGAAUUGAAAGCGGUGAAAGACGAGCUUGACGCCUCCCAGGUUGAACUUACAGAGGCGAACGAAGCCAAGGAGGCUUCAGAUACAUGCGUCAAGGCACUGCGCGAAUUUAUUGCAGAGAAUAAUAUUGGGGCAUCAGUCAAACUUCCUCUCCCACCUCCCACGGCAAACGGUGACGAGGUAGGGACAGGUAAAGCCAGCGCGGUGGGAUGGGGAUUCAAACUUUGGGGAGGCGGGGUAGAUUCACCGCUUAAAUCUAGCACAGCGACGCCGAUUAAUCCGGCUUCUGUCGCGUCUCCCUGCACCACCUCAACGCCAACCCUUCCAGCUACAGCCCCACUGUCGCGUAAAUUAGGGGGCUUCUUUGGGUCUCGUGGAAGUGUCUCUUCGACACACUCAAUGUCGCCGUCAUUGCCAGCAUUGCAGCCAAAUACAGUUCGGGAUUCCACUUACAGCUUUUCGGACACUUCGUCGGUCACUGAACCUGUCAGUCCUGGAAGCGAUAUUCAUGGUCUGGGCACCCAUAUCGUCGUAAGGGACGUCACCAAUUUAUCAGAUGCUGGCUCGGAGACGAGAAGCCUGAAAAUUGAGCUGAGGUGA